UAAUAAAAAAAAAACUGUCACAACACUAAAAAACCAAAGUGGCCAUCCUGUCCCGUUUUCCUUUCGCAAGGAUUUUUACUCAAAAAUUAUAUAAAACAUCAAGAUAAUUCUCAAAAAACCGUACUUCAACAUGACGGAGGUCCUGCCCGCUGAAGACGCGCAGAGGGAACGCGUAGAAACCAUUCUACGUGGCUUCCAAAUUAACUGGAUGAAUUUGCGCGACGCUGAUACAGGCAAGAUCCUGUGGCAGCACAACGAGGACAUGUCGUGCCCGUCGCGCGAGCACGAGGCGCGGGUCCCGAAGCGCAUCCUCAAGUGCCGCGUCGUGUCGCGCGAGAUGAACUUCACUUCCUGCGAGAGUAUGGAGCAUUUCAAGUUGGAGCAGAAAGUCCUCUUCAAGGGCCGCUGCCUGGAGGAGUGGUUCUUCGAGUUUGGCUACGUGAUCCCCAACUCCAACAACACGUGGCAGUCGCUGAUCGAAUCCGCGCCCGAGAGCCAGAUGAUGCCCGCUAAUGUGCUCAACGGCAACGUGGUGAUCGAGACAAAGUUCUUCGACGGGGACCUGCACAUCACCACCUCCCGCGUCCGGCUCUUCUACGUCUGAACACUAACUUUAACAAUGUAAAUACGCAUUUACAUUAAUUACCGUACAUUUACUUCUUUUCAGCUAUGAUGAUUCCUGUGACGGUUGAGAUUUACGGUUUUCACUUAUCCCAUAUUGAAAUUCUAUCGAUUUGGUCAGUCGCCUUAUUGUAUAAGUUGUUUUCAAAAUUAAAUUAUAGACACAGAUUUUGGUAGUGCGUAAUUCAGAAAAUUAUGAACUGUCACAGGAAUCGUCUUAGGUGAAAAUAAUGAUAGAAAUCAUGUAUCUUGACUAAAAUGACGGGCAUCAGCGCAUGUUGUAUUUAUGAACGAAUGACACAAGAAGAUGCGACACACGGUGUUGUCACUUUCCACCCUAGUCUAAUUUUUCACCUCCAAGGAAACCUAAAAAGUGUUGGUCAUUGGUCAAGAUACAUGAUUUAACCUGUACCUAUACGUCAAUCUUGCAUUUUAUUUAUGCUUUUACCUGUAACAUGAUGGAAAACGUACUUACUGCCACAUGUAUUUUUUUUUAACUUGCGUAAUUAAUUAAAAAAAAAACACUACAGGGUCUAUAUAGGAUAUUAAAUCCUUAAUAGCCUAAUAGUAAUAGGUCUUUCUAUGAUUUUAAAUCAUUUUUAUGAAGUGUUUUAGCGCCAUCUCUGUUGUUUAAUUGGUAUUAUCUGAAACUGAAACAAACGCAGUGGUGAUGACAUCUUUGGAUGAUCCAAGGAACUAUUUAUUCUAAAGAUCCACUAAUAAAUAUUGAACUUUAUUAUACAGUCUAUUUUUUUGACAUAAAUAAAUUCUUGGCUUGAUUCUUUUGACUCCUUUGUAAAAUCAUAUUUGAUUUAACUAUAUUUAAACUUUACCUUAUUUUAGCCCAUGAAUGGAUAAAACAGUGUAUUCUUAGAUUAAUGAAAAAGUAUACAAUAUCUUAAAGUAUCUAUUUAUGAUUAUCUUUCAACCAUUAGAUUUAAAAAUUAUAAGUUUCCUAGUAUAAAUUAAAAUUAUUACAAAGACAGUCGCUAUGUAUUUUGAUUAGCUUCUUUAUAUGUAACAGUAUGCAAUAUAUUUGAUUGAUUUUGUAUGAUAGUUUAUAUUUAAAUAUACCUACAUAAUUAAUACCUACGUUAUUUCAUACCAUUAUAAUUAUUAGUUAUAAAUUAGCUUAACUUACAAUUAUUUUUUUAGUUUAGGUUACCCACCCAGAUCUCACAUAUUGUACGUAUUUUGGUUUAUUAUUAUUUAAAGUUAAGGAAAACCUAGCACAACUAACUUUCUAAGUUAAAAUUAGAUAUAUUUUUAUUCAACUUUGGAAUUAUUAGCAUACUUAUUACCUAAUAAUUUGUAUUAGUUUUCAGUAAUGCUUACAGAUAAACAUAGAUAGGUGUGUAGUUUAGCACUAGCGACGUAGUCAGUAGUUUUGUAAUUCUUAAUAUAGUGGGAAGUCCCACUUAAAACAACUUAAAAUUUAAAAAUAUUUCAACUCUUAACAAC